AUGAGAGUGAGCCGGUACCCAACUUUGAACCCUCCUGCGAGGAAAGGUUCAAAAUCCGUAAAAUACUAUCUAUUGGCUGCUAUCGAUCGGAUAAAAAAUGAUAAAAUAGUGGCCCAAGAAUUAACAAUUCAUCCAUUAGUUAAAGAUUUUACGGUUAUGAAAUUGAAUGCAAUUAUAUUUGGUGUAACUAUUAAUAAUGUCUAUGAAGCUGAAUAUUCUUAUGAUGAUCCACAUAGUGUAAUUUGUUCAGAGGAUGAUCCACGACGUGAUCUAAAUACAUUUCUGAAACAUGAACAACGUAUAUUUGAAUAUACUGAUGCUGACGAGGGCAACGGUGAAUUAACAAUUUAUAUACCUGAAGCGUUACAAUCACAGAAUAACGAAACUACAGUGUUCAAAGUUAAAGUUGAUUUUGCUUUAGAAAAACCAACAUUUGGUUUACAUUUUUUUGUUCCAAAUGAUGACAGUGUACUUUCAACUAAAAGUCGCCAUUUAUUUACGACUGGUCAUAAUGCUCGUUCAAUAUUUCCUUGUGUUGACAGUUAUUGUGAACCUUGCACAUGGACAAUUGAAGUUACUAUCGAACAAUCAAUGGUUGUUAUUGCAUCUGGAGAAUUGAUUGAGUGUGUAACAAAUCAAGAUUGGAAGACAUAUCGCUAUUAUCUUAGUACACCAGUACCAGCUCCACUAAUUGGUUUAGCCAUUGGAUCAUUCGAAUCCGUUGUUGAUUCACAUUCACAAGAAAUAACAAAUUAUUGUUUACCAGCAAUGUUACCGUUACUAACGAAUGCAACGAGUUUUGUACAUGAACCAAUUGAAUACUAUGAAGAAUUAUUAAAUGCUAGUUGUCAAUAUCCUAAUUAUAAACAAGUUUUUGUUUAUGAAGCACAUAGUGAAUGUAUGUCAUACGCAUCCAUGGCCAUACUAAGUACUAGUCUUUUGCAUCCAGCUAAUAUUAUUGAAACAACAUGGCAUGCAAGAACACAAAUGGCCUAUGCUGUGGCUACACAAUUUUUUGGUUGUUUCAUUACUAUGCGUUCAUGGUGUGAUUGGUGGUUAUUGACUGGUUUAUCUCUUUAUUUAACAAAUCUGUAUACACGACGAGCAUUUGGUAACAAUGAAUAUCGGUACAAUCUUUAUCAGGAUAUGCUUGAAGUAAUACGAUAUGAACGAGAAGACAAUCCUAUUAAGCUUGAUUUCUCGUCGUUACCAGAUGCUGACAUAACAAACAUCAAUAAUCGACUGGGUCAAAUGCUUUCAUCAAGUUAUCUCGAAGUUGCCGCUAAAAAAGCUCAUCUGGUUGUUCGAAUGAUUGAUGAUUUUAUUGGUCGUGAAAUUAUGAUGCAGGUUCUUAACAAAUUAAUGUGUUUGGCAACAACAGCUUGUCUAACAGAUGCGUCGAUUAGUUCACGUUCGCGUCUUCAUAUAUCAACAAAAUCAUUUGCACGUGUUGUCAGUGCAUUAACAACAAAAGAUAUUCAACCACUUCUCACGCAAUGGGUUUAUGAAUCGGGUUGUCCAAAAUUAAUUGGUAGUUUUACAUUUAAUCGCAAACGUAACAUUGUUGAACUUGAACUUCGGCAAGAUACAACUAUCAAAGGAUCAAGACGAUUUUUAGGCUCAUUAAUGGUACGUGUUCAAGAACUCGAAGGUUCAUUUUCUCAAACAAUUUUAUUAGAAGAAAAUGUAACAAAGUAUGAUUUAACAUGUCAUUCGAAAAUCAAACGAAAUAAAAAGAAAAAAAUUCCUUUAAUAUCUGGUGAAGAAGUAGACAUCGAUUCAAGUCAAAUGGAUCCAGAAUGUCCAAUAUUGUGGAUUAGACUUGAUCCCGAUAUGAAAAUAAUUCGUGAAAUACAAUUUGAACAAGCCGAUUAUCACUGGCAUUGUGAAUUACGUUAUGAGAGAGAUAUAUUAUCCCAAUUUGAAGCACUAGAAGCUUUAAAACGUUAUCCCAGUCAAAAUACCAGACAAACACUAGGCGUUGUACUAGAUUCUUCAACGUGCUAUUAUCGUAUUCGAAUGGAAUGUGCAUGUGUUCUCGCUCAAAUAGCAAAUGCCAUGGCCAAUACGUGGACGGGACCUCCAGCAACAUUAAGUUUUUUUCGUCGCGUCUUCAUGUGUGCAAAUGUAUCUAAUUCUUCUUUACCAAAUGCAACACCAGCAGGCGGAACAAUAACAUCCUCAUCAACGGCAACAACACCAACAACAACAACAACAACAACAACAACGACUAUUGUUCGUGUUAAUGAUUUUUCUAAUUCACAAAUGUACAUGUUACAAAAAACAAUUCCAAAAGCUCUAGGUUUACAACGAAAUAAAGAUAGAGUAUGCCCAUCAGAAGUCAUUCACUUUCUAUUUGAUUUAAUUCAUUAUAAUGAAAAUUCAAAAAAUCGUUUUUCCGAUUGUUAUUAUCGUUCAUCAUUGAUUGAUGCAAUAGGCAAUACUAUAACAUCAAACGUUGGACAAUUACCAUUGAAUAAUGAUCAUCAAUCGAAUACAUCAAAUAUGAAUCUUGACCCCAAUACAAAACGUAUCAUUGAUGAAAUUGUAUUACAAUUAAAUUUUGAUACAAUUAUACCAUCCUAUGAUUAUUGUGUAACAUCCAGUUGUUUAAAAGUAUUAAGAAAAUUACAAGCUCACUGUUUGAUACCUAUCAAUAUGGAUAUAUUUUAUGAAUAUGCACGAUAUGGAAUGUAUGAUAGUGUAAGAUUGACAGCAUGCGAAAUACUUGUUGAUUAUGUUGAAUAUGGGGAUAAUAACCGAGAAAAACGUGUUAAGUUUUUAGUACAGCAAUCGAUUGUAAAAUAUUUCUGUAAACAUCCACCAUUUCGUCAAAAUCGUUCGUGUUCAUUGAACAAUCCAGAAGUCGUUGACCAUUUAUGGAUGCUAAUAAACACAUGUGCAUAUCAUAUUAUGUUACGCAAUGAUCUAGCAGAAUUCUAUCAGACAUUAUUCGGUAUUCAUAGGCCAAAUUGUUUACCAGUUUUAGUUCAUGCCCCAGUUGAAUCCGAUGAUUUUGGUCAGAUCGUUGAUUUGGUCCCAUCGCUUGAUUCAGAACGUAUAAAUUAUUAUCGAACUACUCGAUUUAUCAAUGAUACGAAAACCAAAACUUUAUCGGAAAAUCCGUCUAAAUAA